CAGAUAUUUUUCGCAUUUUCACGAAAGAAUUCUUCAGCCGGAUCCCGUUCUCCCGCUCUUUCCCCAUCCCCCAACAACACCCGCACCUCGUCUCCCGUCGUGGUCAACGAAACACCCACACAACCCACCAGCAUGGUUGAGACUGAGGAACUGCCACAGAGGCGCGGCCGUGCCCCCCGCCGCCCACGCGGCCGUGGUCGUGGCCGUGGUCGUGGUCGUGGACGCCGCCCCGCUCCCACCUACUCCAAGAACGUUGUUGUCGUGCUCGGCAUCCCUUCCGAUGACCAGCUCGAUAACAUCCGCAACAAGGCCGCGGAGUUUGGCGAGGUGACCAGCGCCGACUGCCGCACCACCAGGAACGACCGCUUCCUGUAUGAGGUUGAGUUUGCCGAGGAGGCCGCUGCCACCGCCGCCGUGAACGCCCUGCAGUUUGGCGAGGACACCUCCGUCGCCUUCAAGCGCCUGCCCCCGCAGCGUGAGGAGCUUCCCCGCGGUGAGGGCGAGCCCACUCUCGUCUACGUCGCCAACAUCAGCACCCUCUCUGACGACGAUGUUCGUGCCAUCCUCGGGGGCUCGAUUGAGGAGCUGAACCGCAGCUCCCACGGCCGCUAUGCGUUUGUUCGCUUCGCCAACGAGGCCGAUGCCGCCAGUGCCCUCAACCAGAACGGCUACCAGCUUGGCGACGGCACGUCGCUGCGUGUUGAGCCGCACCGCCCCAUCAUCCGCCAGGCGCCGAUCCUGGAGGGCGACCCAGACCCCGUCAGGGUUGCCGUCACAGGCCCGCCUGAUGUCCAGGAUGAGGAGCUGAAGGCUGUGAUGGGCGAGGCCGGCCCCAUUUCUCGCUUCAUCCGCCGCAGCCGCCGUGCCGCGUUCAUCACGUACGAGUCGCCCGAUGCCGCCGCAGCCGCCCUCAGCAAGGACGGCCUUGUCCUCUCCGACGGCGCGGGCCCCAUCCACGUGCGCCCCUACGUCAACAUCCGCCGCCCGCGCAACGCCGCCGCCGUGGAGGGCACCGGUGCCCCUGCCCGCCGCGAGCAGGCCGCCCCGAAGCGCCCGCGCGAGCGCCGUGGCCUCGACGCCAACACCGUCUUCGUCGGCAACAUCGAGGGCCUCAACGAUGAUGCUGUGCGCGGCUUUUUUGCCGGCGACAUCACCAAGUACGAGCGGCCGCGCGGCGGGUUUGCGCUCGUCACCUUCGCCACGGAGGAGGACGCAGACGUUGCUCUUGAGCAGAACGACGUCAACCUCAACGACGAGGUGAACCUGGUUGUCUCCAAGGAGAUGCCUCGUCGCCGUCGCCGCCCCCGCCGCCGCGGCCCACGUGAGCGCACUGGCCCAAACACGCGUGUGUUCAUCGCCAACUACCCUGAAGGCACCACCGAGGAUGACUUCAAGGGUGUGUUCCCUGGUGUGCAGUCUGUUGACCUGCGCCGCAACAGCGCCUUCAUGAACUUUGACACCGAGGACAACGCCACCGCUGCCGUCAACUCCAACGGCCAGAUGCUCCUGGGCGACGGUGCUCUUCGCAUUGAGUUCGCUCGUGCUUGAGCCCAAGCGCGCGUUGUGGGUGAGCGUGAGUGAGCGAAAUGAGGACGCUUCUCCGCCUCUCCCUGGUCCGCUGUCAUCAGCCAACGGCUUCCCUCCCGUUUGCAUCCUUCGUUAGCACACACAUCAACUACCCCCCCCCCGCUCCCUCGAAAACCCCCUCUCCCCACCACACACCCAUUUCCCCAAGCCCAUCUUGCCCCCAACCACCUGCAGUCACCUGCCUGAUGGGUGGUGACUGGGCGGUCUUGCGGCUUUGCCUUCCACCCUCCCUCUUGUGUGUGUUUGUGUGUUUGUGUGUGUGCGUUUGUUGUUACAUGUUCUUUUUCUGAAUGAUUGCCACGAGUGAUCAAGUCUUGACUGCUCGGGCCGCUUGAUUGACUGAUUGAUUGAUUGAUGGAUUGUGCACAUUCCCCGUCCUCUCUUUGAUUGUACACAAUCAUCAUCGUCAAA